UACAUGCGCGCGCACACCGACACUAACCCACCAUAACUUCCCACAACCUGCGGCAAGCUCGAGGCUCCCCAAGCGAGAGCAAACCAUGGCUGACGGAGAAGGCGAGGACGAAAUUCAAUUCCUGCGAACUAAUGAUGAGGUGGUCCUACAGUGUUCAGCCACAAUCCAUAAGGAGCAACAGAAAUUCUGCCUGGCUGCCGAAGGCUUCGGAAACAGGCUGUGCUUCCUUGAAUCCAUCUCCAACUCCAAGAAUGUCCCUCCAGAUCUGUCAAUCUGUACUUUUGUGUUGGAGCAAUCACUGUCAGUUCGAGCCCUUCAGGAGAUGCUGGCCAGUACUGAAGAGAAGACUGGGGGAACGAUCCAAGGGGGUGGUCAUCGCACUUCGUUAUAUGGCCACGCGAUCCGUCUACGCCACUCUUACAGUGGAAUGUACCUGUGUUGUCUAUCCACCUCUCGAUCGUCCACAGACAAAUUAGCUUUUGAUGUGGGGCUGCAGGAAGACACUACAGGUGAGGCAUGCUGGUGGACCAUUCAUCCAGCAUCAAAGCAACGUUCCGAGGGGGAGAAGGUUAGAGUGGGGGAUGAUCUCAUUCUUGUCAGCAUCUCAUCUGAGAGAUAUCUGCAUCUAUCCUAUGGCAAUCAGUGUCAAAAUGUAGAUGCCGCCUUCCAACAGACGCUGUGGACCGUUACUCCCAUCUGUUCCGGCAGUGAAGUGGCACAAGGUUUCUUGAUAGGCGGGGAUGUCUUGCGCCUCCUUCAUGGUCAUAUGGAUGAGUGUUUAACUGUUCCUUCUGAAGACCACGGGGAGGAGCAGAAGAGAACAGUGCAUUAUGAGGGUGGAGCAGUGUCGAGUCAUGCCAGGUCCCUGUGGCGGUUAGAGACACUACGGGUUCUGUGGAGCGGUAGUCAUAUUCGCUGGGGCCAGCCGUUCAGACUCAGACACGUGACUAGUGGGAAGUAUCUGAGUCUGAUGAAGGAGAAAUCAUUACUGCUUAUGGAAAAAGAAAAAGCAGAUGUCAAAUCGACAGCUUUUUGUUUCAAAUCUUCCAAGGAAAAGGUUGACCUUGGCGUAAAAAAGGAAGUGGAUGGAAUGGGUACCCCUGACAUUAAGUACGGUGACUCAGUGUGUUACAUUCAGCAUGUCGACACUGGUCUGUGGCUCACGUACCAGACUGCCGAUGCAAAAUCUGCACGCAUCGGUGACGUUCAAAGAAAGGCCCUCAUGCACCACGAAGGUCACAUGGACGACGGGCUGACAUUGUCUCGGUCGCAACAUGAAGAAAGUCACACUGCCAGAGUCAUCCGAAGUACUGCGUUCUUAUUCAACCUAUUCAUCAGGAGUCUCGAUACAUUAAGAGCAAAAGGAAAGAGCACAACUUUUGAUGUACCAAUCGACUUAAUCAGCUUGAGUCUUCAAGAUCUCAUUGGCUACUUCCAGCCACCUGACGAUCACCUAGAACACGAAGACAAGCAGAAUCUCCUCAGAGCUUUGAAAAACAGACAGAACCUCUUCCAAGAAGAGGGAAUGAUCGCCCUGGUUCUGGAGUGCAUUGAUCGACUCCACGUCUACAGCAGUGCAGCCCAUUUCACAGAAGCAGCUGGAAGGGAGGCAGGAGCGGCCUGGAGCUCCAGCCUUAACUCUCUCUAUCAACUGCUGGCUGCACUCAUCAGGGGUAACAGAAAAAACUGCGCUCAGUUUUCGGGGUCCUUAGACUGGCUCAUCAGCAGACUGGAGAGACUGGAGGCCUCCUCUGGCAUACUGGAGGUUCUUCACUGUGUGCUGGUGGAGAGUCCUGAAGCACUGAACCUUAUCAAAGAGGGACAUAUCAAAUCCAUAAUUUCGCUUCUGGACAAACAUGGACGCAACCACAAGGUUCUUGAUGUGUUGUGUUCCCUUUGUGUGUGUCACGGUGUGGCAGUACGCUCAAACCAGCACCUGAUCUGUGACAACCUGCUGCCGGGAAGAGACUUGUUGCUUCAGACACGCCUGAUGAAUUACGUAAGCAGCAUUUGCCCUAAUAUCUUUCUGGGUGUUAGUGAAGGCUCUGCGCAGUAUAAGAAGUGGUACUAUGAGCUGAUUGUAGACCAAGCGCUGCCAUUCGUCACAGCUGAGGCAUCUCACCUCAGAGUGGGCUGGGCCAACACCAAUGGUUAUGUGCCCUCCCCCAGCGGUGGGGAAGGUUGGGGCGGAAAUGGAGUGGGUGAUGACCUCUAUUCCUUUGGCUUUGAUGGACUCCAUCUUUGGUCAGGCUGUAUUGCAAAGACAGUUAGCUCACCCAAUCAGCACCUUCUGAAAGCAGACGAUGUGGUGAGCUGCUGCUUGGACCUUAGUGUGCCCAGUAUCUCCUUCAGGAUCAAUGGUCAACCAGUUCAGGGCAUGUUUGAGAACUUCAACUCUGAUGGCCUCUUUUUCCCCGUGGCCAGCUUCUCUGCUGGAGUUAAGCUUCGUUUCCUUCUUGGGGGUCGCCACGGAGAGUUUAAGUUCCUCCCACCGCCAGGUUAUGCUCCUUGCUUUGAGGCCGUGUUGCCAAGAGAGAAACUGAAACUUGAGCCCUGUCAACACCAGACCUCAGCCAGAGACCUUUUGGGACCCACUGUUACCAUGAGUCAGGCAACAUUCACGCCCAUGCCUGUGAACACCACCCAGAUUGUUUUGCCAUUUCACUUAGAGAGGAUCAAGGAGAAGCUUGCAGAAAACAUCCACGAGCUGUGGGUGAUGAAUAAGAUUGAAUUUGGCUGGACCUACGGCGUUGUACGAGAUGACACCAAGCGGCAACACCCAUGUUUGGUGGAGUUUUCAAAGUUGCCGGAACAGGAACGAAGUUACAAUUUACAGAUGUCUGUGGAAACUCUCAAAACUCUUCUUGCCUUGGGCUGCCAUGUCGGUCUUGCAGAUGAACAUGCUGUGGAGAAAGUCAAAAGUAUAAAACUGUCAUCAACCUAUGAGUUGUCCAGUGGUUACAAACCUGCUCCCUUGGACCUGUGUCACAUCAAGCUGACCUCCACUCAGGAAGCCAUGGUGGACAAAUUAGCUGAAAAUGCGCACAAUGUCUGGGCAAGAGAUCGCAUCCGUCAGGGUUGGACUUACGGAAUUCAACAGGAUGUUAAGAAUCGCAGAAAUCCUCGUCUCGUGCCCUAUAGUCUCUUGGAUGAAAGGACCAAGAAAUCAAACAAAGACAGUCUGAGAGAAGCCGUCAGAACUCUGCUUGGUUAUGGAUACAACCUGGAAGCUCCUGACCAGGACCACACUCACUUUGAUCAGAGCAAUACGUCUGCUGAAAGGUUCCGGAUCUUCAGAGCUGAAAGAUCUUACUGUGUGAAUGCAGGAAAGUGGUACUUUGAGCUAGAGGUAUUGACAGCAGGAGAGAUGAGGGUUGGCUGGGCGAGACCCGGAUGUCUACCAGAUCUAGAAUUAGGUUCUGAUGAACAAGCCUUUGUCUUUGAUGGAUUCAAGGUACAACGCUGGCACCAGGGCAACGAGCACUUUGGGCGCGCCUGGCAGGCAGGGGAUGUUGUUGGCUGCAUGGUGGACUUGAAUGAACACACCAUGAUGUUCACCCUUAAUGGAGAAGUACUGCUUGAUGACUCCGGCUCAGAACUGGCUUUCAAAGACUUUGACGUUGGUGAAGGUUUCAUCCCUGUGUGCAGUUUGGGUGUGAGCCAGGCUGGGCGGAUUAACUUUGGUAAACAUGUCAGCACCCUGGAAUACUUCACCAUAUGUGGUCUGCAGGAAGGCUACGAACCCUUUGCUGUCAACAUGAACCGUGAUGUCACAAUAUGGCUUAGUAAAAGGCUGCCUCAAUUUGUGCCAGUACCCCCAGACCACCAACAUAUAGAGGUGACAAGAAUAGAUGGGACAGUGGAUUCUUGUCCUUGUCUGAAGGUCACACAAAAGUCAUUUAGUUCACAGAACAGCAACACCGACAUAACUUUCUACAGACUGAGCAUGCCCAUUGAAUGUGCUGAAUCCUUCUCCAGGCCUCCUUCUAACAGCAGUCUCGUGUCACUCAAGACAGAUCUAGAAGACUUUGAAACGGACUUUGAAGUCCUUGUGAAAACAGCGCACGGCCACAAUGGUCCAAGUGGUCCAGACAGAGGUGAAUUCAACAACCACAAAGAUUACAACCAAGAGAAAACCUCCAAGCUCAAACAAAGGUUUUUGUUGAAGAAGAAUAAACCAGACAACUCCAUUCCCACCCCUGCUUGUCUAUCUGAGGAUCUGAUGGUUGAUGACAGGAAUGAAUAUGAAUUACUCAUGCAAGCAUCAACUCACUCGUACUCGGUCCGGAUCUUCCCUGGCCAGGAGCCCAGCAGUGUGUGGGUGGGCUGGGUCACCUCUGACUUUCAUCAGUAUGAACCGGGCUUUGGGUUGGACACGGUCCAAACUGUAACAGUGACUUUGGGAGAUGAGAAAGGCAAAGUCCAUGAGAGUAUAAUAGAGUACUCUGGAGCUCCCUUUGCCAAGGCUACCAGCCCCAGUGUCUUCCAGUUUGAACUGGGGCAGAUUAAGAAUGUGAUGCCUCUGUCAGCUGGUUUAUUUUUGAGUGAGAGGAAGAAUUCAGUCCCCCAGUGUCCUCCCCGGCUGCAUGUCCAGUUUCUUACUCCUGUGUUAUGGAGCCGUGUUCCCAAUCACUACUCCAAGGUUUCAGUAUCCCGAGUGAAUGACCGACAUGGCUGGCAAGUUCAAUGUAAUGAACCAUUGCAGUUUCUGUCUCUGCACAUCCCUGAAGAGAACAGGUCACUGGAUGUCUUGGAACUGACAGAAAGGAGAGACUUAUUAAAGUUUCAUUACCAUACCCUUAGAUUGUAUUCUGCAAUCUGUGCAUUGGGAAACAACCGGGUUGCUCACUCCCUUUGCUCUCACGUGGAUGAGGCCCAGCUUCUGCAUGCUAUAGAGAAUAAAUAUAUGCCAGGUUUGCUUCGCGCAGGGUACUAUGACCUCUUGAUUGACAUCCACCUGAGCAACUACGCAACCGCUCGACUCAUGAUGAACAAUGAGUACAUUGUUCCGAUGACUGGUGAAACCAAGAGUAUAACCCUUUUUCCCAAUGAGGAAAAAAAACACGGCGUGCCUGGCAUUGGGCUCAGCACUUCCCUGAGACCAAGAAUGCAAUUUUCAUCACCAAGUUUUGUCUGGGGUUCCGGAACAUCACCACGUAGGAAUUCCAACAAUGGCUCAGGAGCAAUCGAUUCUUGCCAGUACAGUCCUGAAUUCCCCUUGGACAUUCUAAAAACCAAAACGGUUGAGAUGCUGACCGAGGCAGUAUCUGAGGGCAACAUGCAUGUCAGGGAUCCCAUUGGGGGCAGCACUGAAUUUCUCUUUGUUCCGCUCAUAAAGCUUUUUUACACCAUGCUCAUCAUGGGCGUUUUCCAAAAUGGAGAUCUGAAGAAUAUACUGCGACUGAUUGAGCCGUCUGUGUUCUCCGAGAAAUGUGAAGUGCAGGAGGAAAUGCAUAGGAAGUUGGGAAAGGAGACAGAGGAUGAAGGGCAAAGCAUCCCAAAGGAGGGCUUGUUGCAGAUGAAACUACCAGAGCCUGUAAAACUUCAGAUGUGCCAUGUUCUUCAGUAUCUGUGCGACUGCCAGGUGCGGCAUCGUAUCGAAGCAGUAGUAGCCUUCUCUGACGAUUUCGUAGCCUGUCUCCAAGAAAACCAACGCUUUCGUUACAACGAAGUGAUGCUCGCCUUGAACAUGUCUGCUGCUCUCACCGCCAAGAAGACCAAAGAGUUCCGAUCUCCACCUCAGGAACAGAUUAACAUGCUGCUGAACUUUAAGAAGGAGAUGCAGGAGUGCCCCUGUCCCGAAUAUAUCCGAGAACAGUUGCUCGACUUCCAUGAGGACCUCAUGAAACACUGUGGUAUAGAGUUAACAGAAGACGGCUCUUUCGAUGGAAACAGUCAUUUCACUAUUCGAGGUCGACUGAUGUCGUUGGUGGAAAAAGUGUCUUCUCUGAAGAACAAGAUUGUCAAUCCGCCAAAGGAAAAUGCAGAUAGACAAGGCAGUACAUUACAGCAAUUGAUUUCAGAGACGAUGGUUCGCUGGGCUCAGGAGUCGGUUAUCGAGGAUCCAGAGCUUGUCAGAGCCAUGUUUGUCCUGUUGCACCGACAGUAUGAUGGCAUUGGAGGACAGGUUCGGGCCCUCCCCAAGACUUACACAAUAAACUCGGUAUCAAUCGAGGACACCAUCAACCUGCUUGCUGCUCUUGGACAAAUAAGAUUGUUGCUGAGCGUACGAAUGGGAAGAGAGGAGGAGAAGCUGAUGAUAAGGGGACUGGGUGAUAUUAUGAACAAUAAAGUCUUCUACCAGCAUCCUAACUUGAUGAGAGCUCUGGGGAUGCAUGAGACUGUCAUGGAGGUCAUGGUGAACGUACUCAGUGGCGUUUCUAAGGAAAUCACCUUUCCUAAAAUGGUGGCCAACUGCUGUCGUUUUCUUUGUUACUUCUGUCGAAUCAGCCGUCAAAACCAGAAAGCCAUGUUUGACCAUCUCAGCUACCUGCUGGAAAACAGCAGCGUUGGCCUUGCAUCUCCAUCGAUGCGAGGAGCCACCCCUCUUGAUGUGGCUGCUGCGUCAGUGAUGGAUAACAAUGAAUUGGCCCUUGCUUUGAGAGAGCCAGAUUUGGAGAAGGUCGUUCAGUAUCUGGCUGGCUGCGGACUGCAGAGCUGCACGAUGCUGGUGUGUAAAGGAUAUCCCGACAUUGGUUGGAACCCCGUCGAAGGAGAACGCUACCUUGACUUCUUGCGUUUUGCCGUAUUUUGCAAUGGUGAAAGUGUGGAAGAGAAUGCUAACCUUGUGGUGAGACUUCUUAUCCGCCGACCGGAAUGUUUCGGCCCAGCACUUCGGGGAGAAGGCGGUGACGGAUUGUUGGCCACAAUGGAAGAAGCAAUUAAGAUUUCCCUUGAUCCCUUCAGAGAUGGUCCUUCCUCUGCAUCGGAAAGCAGCAACAUUCUUAAUGAUGGGCUACAGGAAGAAGAUGAUACCAUCCACUUGGGGAAUGCCAUCAUGACCUUCUAUGCGGCUCUCAUUGACCUUCUUGGACGUUGCGGUCCAGAGAUGCAUUUGAUACACGCCGGUAAAGGUGAAGCAAUCCGCAUCAGAGCCAUUCUAAGAUCUCUGAUUCCCAUUGAAGAUCUUGUGGGGGUCAUCUGCAUUCCAUUCUCGAUGCCGAACCUGGGAAAAGAUGGAGUGGUGUUGGAGCCAGACAUGUCAGCUGGCUUCUGUCCCGAUCAUAAAGCGGCCAUGGUGCUGUUUUUGGACCGUGUAUAUGGUGUACAAGAUCAGAAUUUCCUUCUUCACCUGCUGGAAGUCGGCUUCCUACCAGACCUCAGAGCUGCAGCUUCAUUGGACACUGCAGCUCUUAGUGCCACAGACAUGGCUCUUGCCCUCAAUCGGUAUCUCUGCACCGCAGUAUUGCCCCUACUGACGAAAUGUGCUCCACUGUUUGCGGGGACAGAGCCAUUUGCAUCACUGAUCGAUUCCCUCCUUCACACGGUUUACCGUUUGUCGAAAGGCUGCUGCCUUACCAAAGCACAGAGGGAUUCCAUUGAAGAGUGUCUUCUUGCUGUUUGUGGUAAACUGAGACCUUCAAUGAUGCAGCAUCUAUUGAGGAGGCUUGUGUUUGACAUUCCCUUGCUGAAUGAACAUACCAAGAUGCCUUUGAAGCUUUUGACCAAUCACUUUGAGCGUUGCUGGAAGUACUACUGCCUGACUGGAGGUUGGGGCGGUUUUGGUGCCUCGUCUGAUGAAGAACUUCACCUUUCGAGGAAAUUAUUCUGGGGAAUAUUUGAUGCUCUCUCCCAAAAGCCAUAUGACCAGGAGCUGUUUAAGGUUGCGUUGUCAUGCCUUAGCGCAGUGGGGGGAGCUCUUCCUCCAGAUUAUAUGGAGUCAAAAUACAUGACCAUGAUGGACAAACAAUCAUCGAUGGACUCUGAAGGAAACUUCACUCCACAGCCUGCAGACACUGCCAAUGUGUCUGUCCCGGAAAAAUUAGACAGUUUCAUAGCCAGAUAUGCAGAGCAUAACCAUGAGAAGUGGUGUUUCGAAAAGGUAAACCACAUGUACAUUGAUAAAGAGUUCUAUUGUUGGCCAAUCAGAGAGUCUCUCAAGACCAUGCUUUCUUGGGGGUGGAGUAUCAACAGAAUACGAGAGAGUGACCCUGCCAGCAAAUCUAGGAGGAUAUCGCUUGCCAGCCAGCUGUCCUUCGAAGGAGCUCAGUCUUUCAAUCCGAGACCCAUUGAUAUGAGCAAUGUUACUCUGUCCAGAGACACACAGUCAAUGGCGGAACUGCUUGCAGAGAACUAUCACAACAUCUGGGCCAGGAAAAAGAAAAUUGAGCUCGAAGCCAAAGGUGGAGGAAAUCACCCCUUAUUGGUUCCCUUUGACACACUGACUGCCAAAGAGAAAUUAAAAGACAGACAAAAAGCACAAGAUGUCCUGAAGUUCCUCCAGAUCAAUGGUUACAUUGUGUCAAGAGGUAUGAAGUCACAGGAGUUGGAUUUACCAGCCAUCGAGAAACGAUUUGCCUACACCUUCCUUCAGCAGCUCAUCAAAUAUGUCGACCAGGCCCAUGAGCUCAUGAUGAAGUUUGACAUCGGAACAAGACAAAAGGGAGUAAAGAGUCCUCAUGAACAGCAAGUGAAGUUCUUUGGAAAGGUCGUCUUGCCUUUGGUUGAUCAGUACUUCAAGAACCAUCGUCUGUACUUCUUAUCCACGUCCAUUCAUCCCAUAAGCAGUGGUGGCCAUGCCUCCAACAAGGAGAAAGAGAUGGUAACAAGUCUUUUCUGCAAACUGGGAGUACUUGUCAGAAAUAGGAUAUCCUUAUUUGGUAAUAAUGCCACAUCCAUCGUAAAUUGUUUGCAGAUACUGGGGCAAAGUCUGGAUGCCAGGACAGUGAUGAAGACAGGCUUGGAAUCAGUCAAGACAGCACUGCAGUCCUACUUCGACAGUGCAGCGGAAGCUUUGGAGAAGACGCAAGAGAACUUGAAGCUUGGUCAAUUUACUCACAGCAAAGAACAGCCCCGAGGAGUCCCUCAGAUCAUCAACUACACUACCUUUGGCUUGCUUCCGAUCCUGUCCUCCUUGUUUGAACACAUUGGAAAGAAUAAUUUUGGAGAAGAUCUGAUAUUCGAUGAGGUCCAGGUUUCCUGCUACAGAAUUCUCAAGAGCCUCUACUUUCUGGGAACCAAUGAAAGCAUAUAUGUUGAGAGACAUCGGCCAGCAUUAGGAAAAUGUUUGGCUGCUUUUUCAACAGCCUUCCCGGUUGCCUUCCUUGAACCUCACAUCAACAAUUUCAACAACUUCUCAAUCUACAACAGCAAAAGACCUAAAGACAGAACUGCUCUUGGUCUGCCAAGCCAGGUCGAAGAUGUUUGUCCACUGAUUCCAAAUUUGGACAGAUCUCUGGAAGAAAUCAUUGAGGUGGCAGAGUCUGGCAUGAAAUAUACUCAAAUGCCUCAUGUCGUGGAGGUGAUUUUACCAGUUUUGUGCAGCUACAUGUCUCACUGGUGGGAACACGGGCCAGAGAACAACCCAGACCGAGCCGACAGCUGCUGUACAUGUGUGACCUCUGAACAUAUGAACAUAUUACUUGGAAACAUCUUGAAGAUCAUCUACAACAAUUUAGGGGUGGAUGAGGGGGCCUGGAUGAAAAGACUAGCUGUGUUUUCUCAACCAAUCAUCAGCAAGGCCAAAUCCCAGUUGCUCAAGACCCACUUUUUGCCUCUGAUGAAGAAACUUAGAAAAAAAGCAGAAGUUGUGCUGAUGGAUGAGGAACAAAGCAAGGCAGAGGGCAGGGGUGAGAUCUCAGAAACUGAGCUUCUCAUCAUGGAUCAAUUCUCAGUCCUUGUCAGAGACCUCUACGCCUUUUAUCCCCUUCUCAUCCGAUUUGUUGACUACAACAGGGCCACGUGGCUGAAAGAGUCGAAUCCAGAGGCAGAAGUGUUGUUCCAGAUGGUGGCUGAAGUUUUUAUCUUCUGGGCAAAGUCUCAUAACUUCAAGAGAGAGGAACAGAACUUUGUGGUUCAGAAUGAAAUCAACAACAUGUCCUUCCUCAUCUCAGAUUCCAAGUGUAAAAUGUCAAAGGUCAUAGUCUCAUACCAGGAGAGGAAGAAGUUGAGGAGAAAGGGAGACCGAUAUUCAAUGCAGACCAGUCUGAUCGUGGCAGCGCUGAAGCGACUACUGCCCGUAGGACUUAAUGUUUGUGUUCCUGGUGAACAAGAGCUCAUUGCUCUCGCUAAGAGCCGAUUCUCACAGAAAGACACUGAGGAUGAAGUGCGCGAAGUCAUUCGAAACAAUCUCCAUCUACAAGGAAAGUUGCAGGACCCUGCUAUUCGCUGGCAAAGGGCCCUGUACAGAGACAUUCUGAAUCACUGCGGUAACGCCUUAGACCCAGAGAAGAAUGUGGAAAGAGUGCUGGACAUUGCUCAUGUCCUCUUCCACUUGGACCAGGUUGAGCAUCCUCAGCGCAGUAAAAAGGCCGUGUGGCACAAGUUACUGUCCAAACAGAGAAAGAGAGCUGUCGUUGCUUGCUUCAGGAUGGCUCCUCUCUACAAUCUGCCCAGACAUCGGGCUGUCAACUUGUUCCUCCAGGGCUAUGAGAAAUCCUGGAUUGAGGCGGAAGAACACUUCUUUGAAGAUAAACUCAUAGAGGACCUUGCUAAAUCAAGUGACCAAGAGCCAUUUGAAGAGGUCGAGGGAAUGAAACGCAUCGAUCCACUCCAUCAGCUCAUCCAGCUUUUCAGUAGAACGGCUCUGACAGACAAGUGUAAACUGGAUGAAGAUCAGCUCUACAUGGCUUAUGCUGAUAUCAUGGCCAAGAGCUGCCAUGAUGAAGAAGAUGAAGACGGGGAGGAAGUGAAAAGUUUCGAAGAGAAGGAGAUGGAAAAGCAGAAGCUGUUAUACCAGCAGGAAAGGCUUCAUGAUCGCGGAGCUGCUGAGAUGGUACUUCAGACCAUUAGCGCCAGCAAAGGUGAGAUGGGUCCCAUGGUCGCCUCAACUCUCAAACUCGGCAUUGCAAUUCUCAAUGGAGGAAACUCGACAGUACAACUGAAAAUGCUGGAUUAUCUGAAGAAUCGAAAGGACGUGGGAUUCUUUCAGAGCCUUGCUGGCCUCAUGCAGUUGUGCAGUGUUCUAGAUCUAAAUGCAUUUGAGAGACAGAACAAAGCAGAAGGACUGGGAAUGAUCACUGAGGAAGGAUCAGGUGAGAAGGUAAUGCAGGAUGAUAAGUUUACCUGUGACCUCUUCCGCUUCCUUCAGCUUCUCUGUGAAGGACACAACUCAGAUUUCCAGAACUACUUAAGGACUCAAACAGGUAACAAUACAACCGUCAACAUCAUCAUCUCGACUGUUGACUACCUCCUAAGAGUACAGGAGUCUAUUAGUGAUUUCUACUGGUAUUACUCUGGGAAGGAUGUAAUUGAUGAGCAGGGACAGAGGAACUUCUCAAAGGCAAUUAAUGUUGCCAAGCAGGUGUUCAACACACUCACAGAGUAUAUCCAGGGUCCAUGUACUGGCAAUCAGCAGAGUUUGGCACAUAGUCGUCUGUGGGAUGCUGUGGUUGGGUUUCUCCAUGUCUUUGCUCAUAUGCAGAUGAAAUUGUCUCAGGACUCGAGUCAGAUUGAGUUACUGAAAGAACUGAUGGAUCUUCAGAAAGACAUGGUGGUCAUGUUGCUUUCAAUGAUGGAGGGCAACGUGGUUAAUGGGACCAUUGGAAAGCAGAUGGUUGACAUGCUGGUGGAAUCGUCAAACAAUGUCGAAAUGAUUUUGAAGUUCUUUGAUAUGUUCCUCAAGCUGAAAGAUGUCACCUCCUCAGAUGCCUUUAAAGAGUACGACCCUGAUGGAAAAGGUUUAAUAUCCAAGAGGGACUUCCAGAAGGCAAUGGAGAACCAUAAGCACUACACACAGUCUGAGACUGAGUUCCUUCUCUCCUGUGCCGAAACGGAUGAAAAUGAACUCCUGCACUAUGAGGAAUUUGUGGAGCGCUUUCAUGAACCAGCUAAGGACAUUGGCUUCAAUGUGGCUGUGUUGUUGACCAACUUGUCAGAGCAUAUGCCUCAUGACAACCGACUGCACACCUUCCUGGAGUUGGCCGAGAGUGUUCUCAACUACUUCCAACCCUACCUGGGUAGGAUUGAAAUCAUGGGCAGUGCAAAGCGUAUUGAGAGGGUCUACUUUGAGAUCAGUGAGUCCAGUCGAACACAGUGGGAGAAACCUCAGGUUAAAGAAUCCAAGCGCCAGUUCAUUUUUGAUGUGGUCAAUGAAGGAGGCGAGAAGGAAAAGAUGGAAUUGUUUGUGAAUUUCUGUGAGGACACCAUCUUUGAAAUGCAACUGGCCGCUCAGAUGUCAGACACUGGCGAGCGUUCAGCUGCGAAAGAGGACAGUGACCAAGAGAGGCCAGAUGUGGAAAAUCCCGAGACAAGCUUCUUUUCAGUGACCAUGGUCCGCAUGGCACUAAAAGCGCUGCAGUUCAAUGUGAUCCUAUUGAUUAAGGUGCUGUCCAUGAAGAGUUUGAAGAAGCGGAUGAAGAAGAUCAAGAGCAUGACAUCAAAAGACAUGGUCACCACCCUGGUUUCAUUCUACUGGUCUGCGUUGCAGGGCCUCCUUCAUAUAGCCUUCAGUGUGGUGCGAGGAUUUUGCAGAAUUUUUUACAAUAAUAUAUUUGGAAGCAAUCUGGUUGAUGGCGCCAAGAGCAUCAAGGUGUCUGAACUACUGGCUAACAUGCCUGACCCGACCCAGGAUGGUGUCAGACUGGAGGGGGAGGACAAAGAGAGAAAAUCAUCUGACAGAAGCUCAGUGAAGGAGGACCUGGCGUACUUGGCUGUUAAUACAAGUGACACUGAGUUGCUGUCAGACAUUUUUGGCCUGGAUUUACGGAGGGAGGGAGGACAAUAUAAAAUCAGUCCCCACAACCCCAAUGCCAGUCUCACAGAAAUUCUCAACUCCCCACUUCCUUCUCCACCCUCUUGCGCUGCCUUAGCAGCACCUCCUCCUGAGCCCAGACAAAGGCAUCAGUCAAAGAUCUCUUCCUUGGAGAAGAAGGAAGCAAUACCAGAGAAUGCAUGUGAAGCAAAGAGAAAUUUCAGGAGUGAACAUGAAGAUAAACAUGAGAAAAUGAAGUCAAAAAUGAAAAGGCGCAAGAUCUCGAAGGACGAACCUGAUUUACAGGAGUCAGCACUCUCAAAGAAGCUCAUUGCCUAUCAGCGGAAAGUCCUGAACUAUUUUGCAAGGAACUUUUACAACAUGAGGAUGCUGGCUCUCUUAGUUGCAUUUGCCAUCAACUUCAUUCUCCUAUUCUACAAGGUUUCCACAUCCUCAUCAGUGGCUGAGGAAGCGAUCCCAAAGAGCCAAACAGACCGCACCAUUCAGUGGGAUCCACUGGAUGGUGAGCCGGUGGUCGAUAUGAAAGACGGGGCCACGGAUGAUCUCGGAGAGCCCUUGAAGUUGGCUAUGGUUCAUUUCGUCUUGGAGGAGGGCAGCGGUUACAUGGAGCCAACACUGCGGAUCUUGGCUAUCCUUCAUACAGUCAUCUCUUUCUUCUGCAUCAUUGGCUAUUAUUGUCUCAAGGUUCCAUUGGUGAUCUUUAAGCGUGAAAAGGAGGUAGCCAGGAAGUUGGAGUUUGAUGGCCUUUACAUAACAGAGCAGCCAUCUGAGGAUGACAUCAAAGGACAGUGGGACAGACUGGUAAUCAACACACAGUCUUUCCCAAACAAUUACUGGGAUAAGUUUGUGAAACGAAAGGUGAUGGAUAAAUACGGAGAAUUUUAUGGUCAUGAUCGGAUCAGCGAACUUUUGGGUUUGGACAAGGCCGCUCUGGACUUCAGUGACGCUCAUAAAAAAAGGAAGCCCCGAAAAGACAGCUACCUGGCUGCUGUGCUUAACUCCAUUGAUGCCAAAUACCAGAUCUGGAAGCUGGGAGUGGUGUUCACUGACAAUUCGUUCCUGUAUCUGGCCUGGUAUAUGACCAUGUCGGUCCUGGGUCACUACAACAACUUUUUUUUUGCUGCACAUCUGCUUGACAUUGCGAUGGGGUUCAAGACACUGCGGACCAUCCUGUCCUCCGUGACGCACAAUGGCAAACAGUUGGUGUUGACAGUCGGCCUGUUAGCCGUGGUGGUGUAUCUGUACACGGUAGUCGCCUUUAACUUCUUCCGAAAGUUCUACAACAAGAGUGAAGAUGGAGAAUUACCUGACAUGAAAUGUGAUGACAUGUUGACAUGCUACAUGUUCCACAUGUAUGUCGGUGUGCGAGCAGGGGGAGGAAUCGGUGACCAGAUUGAGGACCCAGCAGGAGACGAAUAUGAGAUCUAUCGGAUCAUAUUUGACAUCACCUUCUUUUUCUUUGUCAUUGUAAUCCUGCUGGCAAUCAUCCAAGGUUUAAUCAUUGACGCUUUUGGAGAACUGCGGGAUCAGCAGGAACAAGUGAAAGAGGACAUGGAGACAAAAUGUUUUAUUUGUGGAAUCGGCAAUGACUACUUUGACACAGUGCCGCAUGGCUUUGAAACGCACACUCUCCAGGAGCACAACUUAGCCAAUUACCUAUUCUUCGUGAUGUAUCUUAUCAACAAAGAUGAAACAGAGCACACAGGCCAGGAAUCUUAUGUAUGGAAAAUGUACCAGGAGCGUUGCUGGGAGUUCUUCCCAGCUGGGGAUUGUUUCCGAAAACAGUAUGAAGAUCAACUCAACUGAUCUGUCUCUGGAGUUUUGUCCCUCGUGGCUUUUCCGAAACCCUGCUGCAUACUUAUUGGAGUAGCAUAAGUUGGCAAACCACAGGGAUUCGACCAACCAAUACUCCCCUGACAAAACGCCUUGGAGCCACAUCUCCAAAAUCAAACUGGACUGACCAUCAUCCAAGAUCUUCCUCAUUCAGCAGGUCAACGUGCUGAAUCUGCCCCAGAUUGCAGCAUUCAUUUUUGGAAUAUUUUGUGUACAUGGAAAAUGAUCUGCUUCUAUCAUGUAAAAUCAAAUUGUUGGCAUGUGACUGACAGCUUAAACUCAUAUAUGAGUCCUUCUUUUCUUCUAUUUGACAUCACAGUAAUAAGCAUUAAAAAACGAAAAUGCGAGAGGAGUUGUGGACAGAGGAGAAUGACUCAUUGUGUCGACCAGACACACUUGGUGGUACAUGGAGUGAAACCUGCUGCAAUAUAUCUUUCAAGAUCUGCUUUUGUUACCACUGUCCAAAAAUGUGACUUCGUUGAAUUUUGCCUGCGAUGCAGUGGGAAGACGAUGUGCCUGAAGCAGAAGACUUUCCUCAUGUUUGAAAAAAUCGAGAGCAUUUUAAUGGUUUGAAUUAAAGCGGAGCUUCCGGAUGUGAUCAUGGUGUCCACAAUCUGCACAUGCCCAUGAUUGUGUGUGUGUGUGUGUGUGUGUGUGUGUGUGUGUGUGUGUGUGUGUGAAGAACGCUGUAAAAUUGCCUGCGACUUGAUGUUGAAUGAGUUCAAGCUCAACUGAAUAGUCCUGCUUGCUCUUUAAUUUGCCCCUUUUUAAGGGUACAAAAACUAUUAAAGUUGUAAAGUUUGAAUGAGGGCUUAACAUCCUGUUGAAUUGUUUUAUUAUCAAGUGAAUACAAUUCAUUAUGUCUCUUAUGAUAGUUAACCUUGUUGGUUCUUUUAUCUCAGACAUUUUUUUUUAAGUUGUUAUUGAUCUGACGUUUCGGCGGAAGUCUUUCGCCACUUUCGGAGUUGCACGCUGAGCUAAAAGAACCAACAAGUUGUGUUUUAUUAUUAGUAUCUGGAUUCUUUGGAGAUUCUGGGUUGGAAAUCUUUUGCCUGACAAUGGCUUACAACCGAUUUUCAUCACAUGACACAAUUUGCGGUAAUUAAACAGACCUGGGCAAAAUAUGGCCUAGGGGUCACAUUUUGCCCAUCCACGGUUUCUCACCGACCAUCACAGUGAACAUGAAGUCAAAUGAAAAGGUCAAAUAUGUGA